AAAAUAACUUAAAAUUUGUUAUUAAAUAUUGAAAAACGUUUCAAAAGAUUGUCUCUUAUUUGAUGAUCAAAUCAAACGAUUAAUUGGUCUCAUAUUGUAAUCAAUAUCGACAUCAGUCAUGUCAUCGACGAUCAUAAAAGCUGUUCCAUUGGUAUCACCGAAGACGACAUUAAUACGUGUGAAGCGAAGGGCAGACGAGGAGAGGACAGUUGCGGCCAAACGGUGCAGAUUUGUCGGAACCACUCAAUCGGUUGAAGAUAAAGAUAUUUACAGUUUGUUGUCGUCCACUAAAACACUGACACAAACUGUUUCACAGACGGAAACAAACCUAAAGAUCUUUGAUUACGACGAGAUUUUCUCAACAAAGAUCACACAAUCCAAUGAAAUCAUCACAUGCAAUGGACAGCCAUUAGAUAUCGUCGACAGUAGUGAUAAUCAAAGUGAUCAAUAUUUGUAUGAUAUAUAUGUCUAUGAAAAUGAUGACAAUCUUGAAACCGAAGAGCUUUGGAAAGACUAUAGGGAUUCAGACAAUGAUUCAAACGAUGAAGACUAUGCCUAUAAUGACUAUCCGGAUGAGUAUGAAGUACCUGAGGAUGCGAUCGAUUACUAUGAAUACAGAGACUGUGAUGACAAAGAUAAUGAUUCAGAUCUGGGUUUUGGUUUACAUAUUACUAGUAAUUCAUCUGAUUAUGAAUUAGAUGACGAAAACGUUGAUCCAUUUGAAGCAUAUCGACAAAGAAAUAGACAUUAUUGUGAAAGUGAUAAUCGAGAUGAAGAUGGAGACAAUGAAGACAAUGAUGAAGAUUAUUGAAACGAUUUUAUUAAUUAUUUAUUAAAAAGUUCAUUGAAUUGUUAAUAUUAUUUGUAUUAAAUAUUUUAUCCAUAAAAAUCAAUAUCAGUUGUUUUUAAUAGUUAUGAAUAUGUAUAGUAUUGCCGUAAUCUUUAUUUAAAC